AUGGUCGCACACAAGCAAAAGGUUGCUAUCAUCGGCUCUGGUAACUGGGGUAGCGCAAUUGCAAAAAUUGCAGGGUUCAAUACUGCCCGCCACUCGGAUGUCUUUGAACCGAUCGUACACAUGUAUGUGUACGAGGAAAUUGUCGAUGGUCGCAAACUGACCAGCAUUAUCAACGAGGAUCACGUCAACACAAAAUAUCUACCUCAUGCCAAGCUUCCGGAAAAUGUUGUCGCGACUCCCAGUCCCGAAGAAGCUGCUCGUGAUGCCACAUUGCUGGUCUUUGUCCUUCCACAUCAGUUUAUUCUGAACGUUUGCAAGUCACUCAAGCAUGCUUUGGCGCCUGAUGCGCAUGCUAUCUCAAUGAUUAAGGGUGUGGAAGUUGCUGACAAGAACAUCAGCAUUUUCCCUGACGUGAUCGAAAAGGCACUCGGCAUUCCUUGUGCAGCCUUAAGUGGCGCAAACAUUGCGAAUGAAGUAGCGUCUGGUCUCUUUUCGGAGACAACUGUCGGAUAUCGUCCACACCAACGCGCGUUGGCUGAGUAUUAUGUCAAGCUCUUUGACACGCCAAAGUUCCGUGUGGGCAUGAUUGAAGAUGUCGCGGGUGUGAGUCUGUGCGGUGCAUUGAAGAAUAUCAUCGCAGUGGGUGCCGGCUUCGUUGAUGGUCUUGGUUGGGGUGGUAAUGCAAAGGCCGCCAUCAUGCGUAUCGGUUUAAUGGAGAUGCGACGUUUUGCGCUCGAGUUCUUCAAAGAUGUGCGGCCUGAAACUUUCACCGAAACAAGUGCCGGUGUUGCCGAUCUCAUAACUACAUGCUAUGGUGGUCGUAACCGCAAGUGUGCUGAAGCUUUUGUGAAGACAGGCAAGCCAUUCAAUGUACUGGAGGCCGAGCUCUUGAACGGCCAGAAGCUACAAGGCACGGAGACAACCAGGGACGUGUACGAGUUUCUGCAAUCGCGUGGCAAGAUCGAAGAGUACCCGCUAUUCAAGACGAUUUAUGACAUUUCAUUCAAUGGCUUGGAUCCCAAGCUACUGACCGAGCGCCUUUAA